CAGCAAACGCGAUACGCAUUGAGUUUGGAGACAAGAGAAGAGCGGGUUGCUCAUUGCGGUAAAAAAAAAAUUGUAGUAGUAAACUCUGGAGACAGAAGAAGGGUUAUUUCUACAAAGAGACUGCUGCUUUUUACACCAAACCGGGAUACUAUUCAUUCAAAGGUGAUCGUUCAGCUAAAGGAUGAAUUUUGAGCAGCCCCCUCCGUACCCAGGCAAUGGCCCCUCUGCUCCAGGCUACCCGGUCCAGGGCCCGCCUCCACAUGGCUACCCUAACCAGGGUUACCCUCCACAGGGAUACCCAGUGAACAUGGAGCAGCCCAAUCCAGCUUACCCCAACUACCCUGCGGGACCAAUGGGCCCUGGAGGCCCCGGAGGCCCUUAUCAAGACCCCGGACAGCCUCCUUAUGGGUACGCUGGACAACCGCAACCACAGUUUGGCUGGCAGGGGGGACCCCCUGGACCAAUGUAUGGGGAGGCUCCCAAAAACACAGUGUACGUGGUGGAGGACAGGAGAAGAGACAACUCUGGCUCGGACUCGUGCCUGACGGCCUGCUGGACAGCUCUGUGUUGCUGCUGUCUCUUCGACAUGCUGACAUAACUACUCUCCAAUUCCUGUUCACCCCCUCGCCCCCCAUUUCUGUGCCUCGAACCCCAUCACCCUUUCCCAAUCCUCCCCCUCUUUAUCUGCCUUAAACCUCGCACUUCCUCAAAACCAACCCUCCGUUUCCUCUACAAGUCUUUUAUCCUCGUCUAUAAAUAAAAGCCUCGAUUUCAAUAUGGAAGUCUCUGUCCGGAGCCGCUUACUCGGCGUGAAUCCCUCAGCACUGAAUAACUCACUGACCCUGUGCUGGCGCUGCUCUGUAGCAGUUUGUAACUGAGCUAACCUGAGAGGCAGGCUCUGUAAUCUAACACCAACACACCAGGAAUAUAUAUACACACACACACACCCCAACAAACGCAUACAUAAGCUGUGUCUCAAUUUGAAUACUUAUUUGAAUACACUGCAUGUCAUACACUGUGAACAAUAGACUGGGUAAUGUUCUCCUAAAAUGCACAGGGCUGCUGUGGCCUCAUGGAAAGUUGAAGAUAGCCACUGUUAGCUAGUUAGCUAGCCGACAUAGACGUAAGUGGUGGCAAUCACUACAAACUGCUCAAUUAGCCCAAUAAAAUGAAUGGUGGCUUCUUUUAAACAAUGGUAUAGUGGUAAGUUUAUUUGUAUAGUGCUGUGUUUACUGGAGCAUUCCCAAAUGGUCACUCCUUUCCAUUACGAAGCCAAGAUGGCGGUCGAUGAGGAUAAGAAGUGUCCAGUGUUCCACACAACUUCUUGACUGUUAUGAUUACACCAUCCUGGUAUUCAUAAUGCACUGCAUGUUUCGUACUUUGCAAAGGAACCCACUUACACACUCAAAACUGCUAGUGUAAGUACAGAAGUACGCAUAUUGAGACACAGCAUUACAGUAUACUUAAAUCUCAGGCUAAUCUAGUGUGAGGCUCUUUGGCACUUUAUGAUGAUUACCUCUGUAAGAUACUCCUGCCUGCCCUGUCAACCAUCCCUUAACUCCCCUUCUGCUAGUUCCCAACGCCAAGGGCAACUCCUUACACUGCCCCCCCUCCCCCAACCCCACCCAAAGGCCACCACCAACACCCCGGCUGUUAAUGAGCCACAGGGCGCUCUUAAGAAGCUGAUGCUUGAGAUGUAUCCCUUUCAUUUGCACAGAAGCUGUUUUCGCCGACGUAUGUCUUCAGGUGGAAUCAUGACGAUAAAUGGAAUGCAUUUUUUUUAAAAGAUGACAGUGAUUUAUGUUUGAUUACUGUCAGCAGUCGAUGGCCGCAAUGUUUUUUUUUUCUCAUUGUGAUCUUGAUAUGAAAAAUGAUUCCAAUGUUAUUUUUAUUACAUACCUUGGAGAUAAAACUGGAAAAUGAAAAUAAAAAAAAGAAGAAAAUGUGAUUUCUUACAAGAAACCAAAUGAUCUGUCAGAUGCCUUUUUGCUUUGGAUGACUUGCAUUAAAAUAAUUUGUUCCCAUGAAA